AAUAAAUAAACGAAGAAGAUGCUCCUGUGAACUGUUCUCCUCACGCCCAAAACCCCCUAAGACUGAAUCUGGACUGAAUCCACCACCCUUGCGAGAUAUUACCUUCCAGUGUAAGUACUGUAUCGUCGACUGAAUAUCAUGCUUGAUAAUACAGACAGCCUUUGCUCAUUAUGAAUGUAUGCAUAUCGAGUGGUUGUCCAGUAUAGCCUUAAGACCUCUUAAGACGAAUGCGCAACGAGAACUCCAGGCGCCGGCCUUCUCUCAGGCCAGAAGCGAAGCGGCAAGACGUCGGAGCUUUAAAUUUUGGAUCACAGCACCUUCAAAGUUCAAACGGCCUACAAACUUACGGUCACCAUGCUCAAGGACAAUCAAUGGCUAUUUCCUGUGGAGGCGCUUUACCAUUAUCCUUCCCGAGAACCUUUGCACAAGACGCUGUAUGAUUUAUCGAGAGGAGUCGAGUUCCUCUUUCGUUUAGGAACUUCUCUCAAGCUUCCUUCUCCUGCUCUCUUUACUGCUGCUACCUGGUUUCACAGGUUCUACUUGCGAUACUCUUUGCAGGAUUUUCAUCGGCAAGAUGUUGCUGCAGCUUGCAUUUUUUUAGCAACUAAAACGGAAGAAUGUGGACGAAAACUUAGAGAUGUCGCGAAGGUGUACCAUUCAAAACUCACGAGCAUUGACAUUACUGAGAUCCCUCCGGAAUGCAAGGAAGUGGAUCAAUAUCAGACCGCAAUACUCGUAACAGAGGAAUAUCUCUUACAAGCCAUCUGUUUUGACUUCACGGUUGACAGUCCUCAUGCGGAGCUUGUGGACCUUUUCGUUGCCAUUCCUGAUGAUCGUGUGGUACAAGAUUAUGCGUGGACGUUUGCGCAUGAUUCUUUUCGUACACCGUUAUGUAUAUUAUACCCACCACGAGUCAUUGCCGCGGCAUGUUUUGUCCUUGCACAAUAUAUGGCUGAAGGACCAAACUCACUACCACUCGAUGCGCGAAUAUCGUUUUCCGCCCCCUCUGCCUCACUGCCAACCCCGCCUUCUCAUAAAGCACCGUCACCAGAUGCAUCACGGCUAGCUAUCGAGUUCUUUACAUUGUCGGAAAAGGACGUAUAUAUUACAUUCUUGCAUCGACACAGACUUAACACUGCGAUAGAUGCGCUCACCCUAUUGCUUGAGUUUUACUCGGUGCAAGACCUCUCAAUGCAUCCUUAUUUACAUGAUAUCGCAACGGUAGGCCCCUAG